ACCCAAAUGAAAACGAAUUAAAAAUUAGACUUCAGUGUUAAUUUACAGUAUCUCCUUGUUUCCGCUAUUUCUAAUUUGCAUGUAAAUACAGGAAUUGACAGACCUGUCACUAUUAAUAACACAGCUUCGAAGGUUUUCAUUUUCCUGAUAAUUCGACUUACCGUAAGCAGGAUUGCAUAAAAAAAACCUGAUCCACGUGUUUGUCUGAGAGCGCAAGAUAGGCACGCGUCGAUUUAAAUCGAAUCCCGCACAUGUCUAUCCUGGAUCAAAUCCUGCGGAGUUUAUUAGCAGCUGCAUGCAAGGUAUAGUCAACGAAAGAAAAAUUAUUGUAAAAACGUAACAUAUGUUUGCGCAAGCGCCUCGUUCACACCAUGUCCAGUGAUAACGAAAGGUAUACUAGUGUUGUAAAGACAUUAGUUCGGCUAAGAGGAUUUUUCAUUCGAUAAUGAGAAUCGAAUACAGAUCUGGCUGUUAGAACGUCACGUUGUUUAAGUUUCGUUUCUUAAGUCGCGACGGUAACAUGUCGGAUUCGAACAGACAAACCAAAAGUUUGAACGAUAUUCCAGCGGUUUUUAAAAAAAGGGAGAUUGAUAAUGGCAAGUUGGAACUUUCGAAUGUUUCUUUGGGAAACGUGGCGGGUACCCGUCAUUCGGAGGAUGGAAAUUUCAUUUCCAAUGAAAGCAAAUUACUUCAAAUUCUAAAAUGUAGCAAAGAAGAGGAAGAAUUGAAAGUGUCCACUAUUUGUAUCGACGGAAGAUUCGAUAACAAUUCGAAGACCGAUCAUUUCGAUCCAUCGAAAUUCGUGAACAAGCUCGAUGAUGAGAAUACGACGGAGAAAUGUCAUUCAGAGAGGAAAUUAAAGAAGAAGAAGAAAGUUCUAGCUUUCAUCGAUUCUCUUCUUGCGUUGGUUCUGAUCGCUCCACUCACAAUUGGAUUUUGGAGAGGGGUGUGGACGUUGAUGGAUAUUCACGCGAACAUGUUUCCUGGAACGUUAACAUUCUUAUUGGGUAUUUUAAUUCACACAAUUUUCGCGAUUUUUAAAAAUGUGUUGCAUGCACGUGCAACUCGCGCAUGGAACAAGAAGACAGUGUUGAACAAAUUAGUCUGCAGAAUAACGCAGAUUGUGUACACGUACAUCUUUGGUGUUGCUUGUAAUAUGCAAUGGAGAGGUGGAUGGAUAAUUUUGGAUCGCUUUCUCAUCGGUAGUUUUUGGUAAGAUUAAUUCUUUGUUUUCUAUUUUUUUACACAUCCCUCUCGUUUUUCGUGCAAUCGAAAAGACUUACGCUGGCCACUUGAUUCGACGUACUUACUACUUAUUAAGUGAUUCAAAUUCGCAUAAAUCGCUCAUCCCUGUAGGCAUGGCAACCAGGUUUACAUUCGAAGACGAACAUGCUUCAGGAAC